AUGGAUGUCGAAGAUACCACUCCCGCCCCCGAACGCAAACAGCGCAAAUCCGUUGCCUUUACAGACGAACAAGUAGUAGUCGACGCCGACGGCUCAGUCACAAUGGUCAACGCCACCGAGGAACCCAAGGAGACAGCCCAGUCGCACACGCCCCGUACGCCGCCGCUUACCGCAGCCCUUGAAGCCUUACAUGCUGAUGCCAAUUCUCAAGCUGGAGCCGAAGAUGCGACGGCCCCUGUCCCCGAUGUUGCUGAAGAUGGCGGUCUCGACCUGUCAAUGAAGAAAAAGAAGAAGAAGAAGGUUCCCAAGGAAGGUGACGACGCCGAGGAGGCUGCCGCUGGUGAGGACGGCGGUCUUGACCUGUCGAUCAAGAAAAAGAAGAAGAAGAAGAUUGUCAAGGACGGCGACGAAGACGAGUUCACCGCUAAGCUCAAGGCCCUUGAGCUCGAGGGCAAGGAGGAGGGCGCCGAGGCUGAGGGUGCCGCCGACGAUGGCGACAUGGACCAAGGCACCGGUAUCUGGCAGCACGACGAGACUAAGGCCCUCAGCUACAGCCUGCUCCUGAACCGCUUCUUCCACCAGCUGUCUCAGAAGAACCCCGACCACGCCCUGAGCGGCUCCAAGAGCUACAAGAUCCCGCCCCCGCAAUGCAUGCGUGAAGGCAACAAGAAGACCAUUUUUGCCAACAUUGCCGAGAUUUGCAAGCGCAUGAAGAGAACCGAGGAGCACGUCACGGCCUACCUCUUCUCCGAAUUGGGUACCAGUGGUUCCGUCGACGGCAGCAGACGCCUUGUUAUCAAGGGUCGUUUCCAGCAGAAGCAGCUCGAGAACGUGUUGCGCAAGUACAUCAUCGAGUACGUCACCUGCAAGACCUGCAAGUCCGCCGACACCGAGCUGUCCAAGGGAGAGAACCGUCUGUACUUCAUUACUUGCAACUCUUGCGGUUCGAGACGUUCCGUCACCGCCAUCAAGACCGGUUUCUCCGCCCAGAUCGGAAAGAGAAGAAAGAUGCAGGGUUAA